UAACCUUAAUACCAACACCAUAGUGUUGCAGAAGGUCAUUUAUAUUAUAAACGCAAUGACGCUUAAGAAGAAGCCUAAUACCGAGGGCAACACGCGUAACUAUAUUACGCGUAGUCAAGCCCUCAAAAAGCUACAGGUGUCGCUUAAGGACUUUCAACGGCUAUGUAUCCUCAAGGGUGUAUACCCAAGAGAUCUGACCAGCGGUUACACCCUGACCAGUAAGGGCAUCAAUCGCAAGAAAAUUAAGAAGGAUAAGAUAUACUACCAUAUAAACGAUGUUAGGUACCUGGCAGCUGGUGAAUUGCUGUCGAAGUUUAGAGAUAUAAGCGCCCAUUUGAAACGUUACCGUAGACUGGUGGCAAGGGAAGAGUUUUUGGAUGCUAAAUUGGCAAAAAAAAGAACACCAAGGUAUUCCCUAAAGGAAAUCGUUAAGGAAAGGUGCCCAGCUCUCGUUAAUGCUGUGGCCGAUCUCGAUGAUGCAGUUUCUACCAUCGCAGCUGUUGCAGCACUACCAGCUGAUUCCAAGAGGGGUGUUGACCCUAAGCUCACUGCUGCUUGCCACCUUCAUUUGCAGCAUUUUCUUAAAUAUGUCAGUGAAACGCGCUGUCUAAAGAAGACCUUUAUUUCUAUUAAAGGUUUCUAUUUCCAAGCGGAAAUACUAGGUGAAACUGUUACAUGGAUACUCCCGCACUGUUUCUCCCAGACUCUUCCUGAGGAGGUCGACUUCAAGGUUAUAUCUACUUUUGUGGAAUAUUAUAUUGAAUUGAUCAAACUGGCCAACUUUAAGCUUUACGCCAUGGCGGGACUUUCAUAUCCACCGGUUAUUAAGCCAAACAUGGAGAAUGUCACUAUUGAUUACGUGCAUAUGGAUGUUACUGGAGCUGCCACGGUUACUGAAGGCAUUUUUACAGGAAUGCGUUUUUUCAUUUCAUCUGAAGUACCACUGGUUCCCACAAGCCUAGUUAUUACAUCCGCUGGUGGCAUUUUAUCGGAUAUUGAUAACGCAACACAUGUUGUAAUUGACAGGCCCAUUACAGAACUUGAUAUCAAAAAGGAUUACGUCCAACCGCAAUAUGUGUUUGACUGCCUAAACUGUGGCAUUUUAUUACCGGUACAACAGUACGCACCCGGAGUUAAGCUUCCACAUCACCUGUCACCGUUUGUUGACGAUGCGGAGGUACCAGAUAGAAAGGUUGAGCUGGAUAACCUAAUCAGGGAAGCGCUACGGAAGAAUCUACCCGAAGAUGACCCCGAGGACCUCAAAGAAAAACGAAUGGAGUUCCAAGAAAAUAUCAAGCAAGAGACUAAUAUGACACCUGAAGUCAAGCAUAUGGCGAAAGCAAUGAUGUCAAAUAAAACCAGAAAGCUUCUCACUAGAAUUGAGAACGAUAAACAACGCAAAGAAGAAGCUGCCGAAAAGCUCAGACAGAAAAAAUUGGCCAUUAAAAAUAAAACAAAAGAAAAACAUAAUUAAUUUUAUAAUUCAGUAUAGAACAUGA